AUGGCUGCGUUGGACGAUCUGAUCAAACUCUACUUUUCCUUAUGGUUUUCUAACAAGGAGAUACUUGCGAUAUUAGCCCAGAAUGACCAUGCCAUUAUUAGUAUUCGCACUCUGAAGAGGCACCUGUUUCCUCGAAAAAAUCAUGCUGCCUUAGAUGACGUGUUUACAUUUGUGUACCAGGAGCUGCAACAGCACGGACAGAUGCAAGGUUACCGCUGGCUUCAUCAACGAGCUGUGCAACAGCAGAACACAGUACGCCAGCUGGUUAAGUUAACUGAUCCACUCGGUGUUGAUAUUAGAAAAUCACGACGCCGUCAAUAUAGCACAAGGGCCCUAAUGCUGUUUGGCACAUGGACUCAUACGAUAAGGUCUAGCCAUUAACGGAUGCAUCGAUGGGUUCAGUCGUUUUAUUGUGUGGAUGGAAGCUUACACGACCAACAAUGACCCAAAGGUUGUAGCUGAUUACUACAUACAAAAUGUAACACAGUCGGGUGGGUGUCCAGAAAGGAUACGCGCAGAUCACGGCACAGAAAAUGGACAUGUAGCCAAUAUGCAAGUGUUUCUUAGAAGAAACCAUGAUGACUCGUUUGCAGGAGACAACAGUUUUGUGUAUGGAAGAAGCACAGGGAAUCAGCGUAUUGAGUCUUUAUGGGGGGUUUUAAGGAAACAAAGUGUCCAAUUCUGGAUGAACAUAUUCAAAACCCUUCAAGAUGAUGGACAGUUUUCUGGGGACUUUUUGGAUAAAAACCUGGUACAGUUUUGUUUUCUUGGCCUUGUUCAGGAGUUGGAUGAGGUAGUGCAGACGUGGAAUACCCACAAGAUCAGACUGCGACCUGGCCAAGAUGUGCAUAGUGGUCAUCCUGUUCUGAUGUACACAGUCCCAAGUUUGUAUGGUGCAGAGGAUAAGCUUAAACUCGUGGAGCCUGAAGAAGUAGCUGUGUGUAAGGAAGAGUGCACACCGAAGAGCCAGAUCCCUUGUGAUGAGACAGUUUACGAUCUCUCUGUGUUACUCAUGCAGGAGAAUCAAUGGGGCCAUCCUUCAGAUGAGCUACAUCACUUAGAACAGUGAUACUGGAAAAUAUCUAACAGCAUUGCCAUAGAACGUGUUAGUGUGGUAUCGUAGUAUGUCAAUGAAACAGUUUCCGUAGGAUUUUUGUGCUGAAAUGGAUUUUUUGCGUUUUACUUGAAGCAGUAUAGGCUCACAAUGGUUCAAGGUUAUCCUGGGGUAAAAUUGACCAGAUGCUCAGAUUUUGUUGAAACUGGUGAAAAGUUGUUUGUAUUAUGUCAUAGGGUCCCCAAAAAAGCUGUUUUACAGUGUAUGGCAUUUGAUUGGAUAAUUAAAUGGCAGAGUGUGUCAAGGUUCUACAUGGUCUAUGGGGGCCACCAAGACUUUUUCUGGAUGUUGGAAAUGGUGCCAUCGCAAAAUCAGUUAAAAUUCAUUUUCCGCUUCAGUAUGACAAGAGGAAUCAUUUGACACCACUUUCAAUAACAUCUGAGCAUUUACCCCAGGAUGACCUUGAAGCUUUAAAGCCCUAUACCUGUGUAAAUAUCGGUCAGAACCUAGACAAACUAUAUUUAUUUAUUACUAUUAUUAUAAUCCUCUCAACAAGACAGAUAUAUUGGUGUAUAUUUGAAAUUGAUUAACUUGAUUUUCAAUUUACCUGUGUGCUAACAUUUGUCCCCUUGCCAGAGAGUUGUAGGGGUCUGAAAAUUUGAACGCCGUCAUUUUAUAACAGUCUAGGCCCUGUUGAAACCCAAGCAGCAACAAAAUCAAUUUUAGCAUGAAAAUCCUAUGGGAAUACACACCAUACCUCACUAUGUGCAUGUUUUGAUGUAUUUAUUUUUAUUUUGGAAUGAUAUAAACACUGUUCUUGUGUGUGAUUAUAGUAACAGCUAAACUUAAAUGUGUUAAACAUGUAGAAAUGCUUUACACAAUUGUUUUGGUAAAAAAAAAAAGUUCAAAAUACUUCACAAUUGGUUUACAAACUAUUCCUUUUUGCACACCUACCCAUGAACUGGUAUCCCACUUAGGUGCUCAACUUUACAUUUUAUACAGUAUUUAUACAGUUCAGAACACACUAAAAUUAAGAUGCAGCAUUGUUUACUUAUAUUGCUAAAACAUCUGUAGAUGAUUUGUUCAACAUCAUCUCUAAACAAUUAGUGAACAGUGAAUACUUUACUCUUUAAGACCACUACAUGUGACUAUGUAAAUGCCAUCCAUCCAUUUUCUUCCACUUUAUCUGUAGUUGGGUCACGGGGGCAGCAGCUCAAGCAAAGCUGCCCAGACCUCCUGAUCCACACACA